UUUAUAAUCCGGAAGUUCACCGGUAUUUGGAGGCGACAUCGUGAAGGCACUCGCGGUUCGCGGAGACGAAUCGGCGUUAGAUCCGAAACCCGAGAUCGACCAUGGCGGCUGCUCUCCCCCAAUGCCAAUCGCGUUCGCUCAUACCAUGACCGGACAGAGAACCCGAUUCCGACCAAUGUCGCCCGUUCAGAAUUUCGUUUAAUACUACCGAAUCCGGUGCAAUCUUAUCGGUGGAAAAAAGGAGACUGUGAUGAUUGUCUCCGGACUCAAGUUCGUGACCUCUGUAUGUGAUUGGUUUCUUACGAAUUAGAACGGAGAAGUUUGAACAGAUCCUCCAUGACUCCGCAAAGUCUCCCUUAAAGCCAACUUUGCCAUAAGCCCUCCAACCCCAAAUAGAAAAAAAAACUGUUUUUUUUUCACUUGAAAUGAGGAAGCGUAAGCACGCCGUCGCCGACGGCGGCGUUGAUCGCAGGAAUCUCACGGCGGGAGAGGAGGAAGAUUCCCUCUGUGGAUCUCUGAAAUGCGGCAUCUUCGGUUCUCCGAGGAGAAUAUUCUUGUUCUGUCUGUUGUUUCGGGCGGUGAAUGCGUUGCUGAUCCAAACGUAUUUCAAUCCCGAUGAACAUUGGCAGUCUCUCGAAGUCGCUCACCGCAUUGUGUUCGGGUACGGUCACUUGACAUGGGAGUGGCAGAGAGGGAUCCGCAGCUACUUGCAUCCGAUGGUGUUUGUGGUAUUCUACAAAGUUAUUGCUUGGAAGGGUCUUGAUACUCCAUUCUUCAUGAUUAAAGCCCCUCGUCUCCUUCAAUCCGUAUUUUCAGCUCUUGGUGAUUUAUACUUGUAUAAACUCUCAGAUGCCCUGUACGGCGAAAAGGUUGCAAAAUGGACUCUCUUUUGUCAGCUGACAAACUGGUUUGUGUUCUUCUGUUUGAACCGAACAUUUUCAAACUGUUUAGAGACUGUUCUUACCAUCGUAAGCCUGUACUACUGGCCAUGUUUUAGAGACUCUUCAAGGGACAAUGCCUUCAGUAGGAAGUGGGGCCUGGUCAUAGCAGCCCUGGCAUGUGCCGUUAGACCGACGAGUGCUAUUAUUUGGUUAUAUGUUGGGACACUUGAACUGAUUCUAUCGCACGAUAAGCUCAAAUUUGUCAUUCUUGAGGUGAUUCCGAUUGGGUCUUUCAUCCUCGGGCUCACGUGUUUGUUGGACCGUCUGAUGUAUGGUUCAUGGAUCAUUGUACCUCUCAAUUUUUUGAAGUUCAAUUUUCUUUCAUCGGGUGGAGACUAUUAUGGAACUCAUCCAUGGCACUGGUACUUCACUCAGGGGUUUCUCGUCAUGCUUUUCACCUUCACACCAUUCUCCAUAGCUGGUAUGAUCAAGUCUAAAAACCGGAAGCUUUCCGCUCUUGUUUUAUGGGUUUUAGCACUAUACAGUGUUCUUGGUCACAAGGAAUUCAGGUUUGUGCUACCUGUGCUACCCAUAGCUUUGAUAUUCUCCGGAUAUGCACUAGCCGAGAUUGAAGCAUCUGUUUCACUGACAAGCAGUCAAAAGCCGAUCCCUCAGAGGAAGCAGAUCAAAUGGUCUCGUAAACUGAAACUUUCAAUCUUGUUUUUGCUCAUUACAAAUGUCCCGAUGGCGCUCUACAUGACUUUAGUCCAUCAGAGGGGCACCGAGGAUGUGAUGAACUUCUUGUCACGAGAAGCACACAAGGGGAGUGUAAAGAGCAUUCUUUUCCUCAUGCCAUGCCAUUCUACGCCCUAUUACUCCACUCUCCACAAGAAUAUUCCAAUGUAUUUUCUGGACUGCACGCCCGGAGAAGAGAAAGGAAUACUUGACGAGUCGGACCGUUUCCUGGUGGAUCCUUCGGGCUUUGCAUCAGAGUUAGCCAGAAACUGGUCGGAACCCAGUCACAUUGUCCUGUUUUCAUCAGAAGAAUCAAAGCUAGGAGAUUUUCUGGUUGGACAUUCCUACAAAGAGAUCAAACGGUUUUUCCACGCCCAUUUUAAGGUUGAUCGUGAUCAUCAAGCGUCAGUUGUCGUCUACAGGAAAUCCGAUUAGAACAAGGUUGUUCAAUCGAUUCUCAUGACAGAAUCAAUCUAUAGACAAAAAACCGGUGGAUGAAGUUGGAAUUUUUCUCCGCAGUUCCCAUGGAUUUCUGUCUGAUUAUGAACAGUUGAGGAAUUUCCCGCAAUACGAGUGUAUGAUUCUGAAAUUGUCUCGUCAUUUUCAUCUCAGGAAGAAACUUUUGUUAGUGAAAAUAUUGUAGUUAGAUUUUUUUUGUCCUGUUCUUGGCCCAGGAGGCGGACUGCUGCUCCAUUUUGAAAUAAUAAAAUUGAUUUAGAUUUAGAUU